UAAGGAAUGUCUACGUCUCCAUACGACUUCUCCUUCUUUCAACAGCUGGCUCGACAUCUCAUGGAUCAAUAACAGCCUUUCUGUAUGAGCCUCUCUGCUUAUCCGGCACUCUCAUUUGUCGUCGUCUCAUGUUACUUUGGGCAUGAAGCUCUGAGGUUGGAACUGCCCAUCUGCUAAAAUUUGUUCCUCUCAGAUGGCUGCCAGGAUCUUGUCAUGGCUCAUUGCGGUCUUCUCUUCUCUUCUGAUUCUUUUUCUUCGACUAAGAAGUUUCGGCGUUCGGUACUUUAUCAACCUCCAGAUUUGUCGUCCUGAUUUGGUAGGCUUUGCGGCUCAGUCCCUGGACGUUGUUGUCUCAUGGUCUCAAAAUUGUUUUCCUGCAGCAUCUUCUGGCUGCAAUAUCACCUCCUGUGGCUGCUACCAUUGCAGGGAUAAUUCGUUGUCUCUUAAAACUCAUGGCCUGCGAGGAAGCUGGAAGGAUUUGUUUCUUCAAGUGCGUCGCUUUAACGCACCUAUCGAUUGAUGAACUUAUGCUUGAGGCUCACCAUCUGAUGGUGAGCCUGAAAGCGAUCGGGCCGGGGGGGGGGGGGGGUCAUGAUGAUAAAUAUUGCGGAAAUGGCUGUCUUCUUGACGGACAUGCAUGACUGUGUGGACAGUGUCGGGGAGGUCUGAGGUCUUGACAAAUUCUUGACACAUGUCUUUCGGUUGAAGGCU